AUGUCCAGCUCCACCCUCGACCACAGCUUGGUCACGUACCUCAAGACCCACGCCCCAAACAACGCUGCCGACGAGACAGACGCCAUCAAGGCCUCCCAGGCUCUCUUCCCCGAGGCCAACUACACCGACGCCGAGAAGAAGGACAUCUCCCAGUGGCUGUCCUCUGCCGCCCACAUCGCCUCGUCGUCGGACGAUGCCGCAAAGUCGUCCGACCGCCUCUCCUCACUGAACACCCACCUCGCCAGCCGGACCACGGUCCUCGGCGCAAAGCCCUCCGUGGCUGACAUUGCCCUCUACCAGAAGCUUGCACCCGUCGUCUCCAGGUGGAGCGCCGAGGAGAGGACUGGCGAGCAGGGCUACCAUCACAUCGUCCGCCACGUCGACUUCGUCCAGAACUCGCCCGUCUUCGGCCUGAAGCUCGACGACAAGGUCGCCAUCGAGCUGGACAACGUCAUCUUCAAGAUCAAGCCCGUCGAUGCCAAGGCCGAGAAGGAGCGCAAGAAGAAGGAGAAGGAAGCUGCUGCUGCUGCCGCCGCUGCGGGCAACGCUGCUACACCCACAACCCUGACGGGCGAGCAGGCCACCGAGGCCAAGAAGAGCAAGAAGGAGAAGGCCAAGGACCUUGCACAGGCUGCUGGAGACGCUGUCGCAGGCACAGUCGCCGGCAACCCUACAGGCGCCACAGACGCAAAGAAGGGCCCCCCUGAGGGUGCACCCACCCAGAAGAAGGAGAAGAAGGCAAAGCAGCCCAAGCCCCAGAAGCCAGCACCGGUCGAGAAGCCCCUCUCCCCCGCCCUUAUCGACCUCCGCGUCGGCCAUAUCCUCAAAGCCGAAACACACCCCAACGCCGACUCUCUCUAUGUCUCCACCGUCGCGUGCGGCGAUGCGCCUGGCACAGAAAAUACGUCCGAAUACGAGGGCCAGGUGGUACGCACUGUAUGCUCCGGUCUCAACGGUCUGAUCCCGCUCGCCGAGAUGCAAAACCGCAAGAUCGUCGCCGUGUGCAACCUCAAGCCCGUGACGAUGCGCGGCGUCAAGAGCUGCGCCAUGGUGCUCGCCGCCUCGCCGCGCGUGGCCGAGGGCGAGGACGCACACAAGGGCCCUGUGGAGCUGGUCAACCCACCCGCCGAGUCCAAAGCCGGCGACCGCGUCUUCUUCGAGGGGUGGGAGGGCGAGCCCGAGGGCGUGCUGAACCCGAAGAAGAAGGUCUGGGAGACCAUCCAGCCCGGCUUCACUACCACCGACGCCUUGGAGGUGGGCUUCAACGUCGAAGAGGUACCGCAGCUGAGCGGCGAAGGCGCGGACAAGAAGACGGGCGUCGCUAAGCUGAAGACGGCUGCUGGUCUGUGUAGCGUGUCGACGCUCAAGGGCGCUGUUGUGCGAUAG